AUGGAAGAAGUAAUUAGAUCACUUAUUAAAUUUGGUGGUACUCUUAAUGAAGAUGUUGUUAAAUGGCUGCACGAUAUGGAAGAAAUAUUUGAUCGAGUACAAUUACGACCAUCAAAUAAAUUUAUAGUUGCACAAUCUUAUCUAACAAAGACUGCUGCCAUGUGGUUUAGAUUUAAUAAAUCUAAUAUUCCUGAGUGGUCCACUUUCCAGAUUGAAAUUGUUAAAGCUUUUCAAUUAUCAACUGCAUUAAAAAUGUCUUUAAUUUCAACAAUACCACAACAAGAAAAAGAGAAUGAAAAUAAUCGAAUUGAUUUAAUUAAUGAUAACCAAAUUAAAUCAUUUGAAGCUUUAGAAAAUAAAUGUUUACGUAAAAAUGAACAAGUGCAAGCACAAUGUUCAGAUGUAGCAGAUGAUUAUGAUCAAUUAGAACAGCAAGGUGCAUCUAUUAAUAAGUCAGGCUCUGUUGAACCUGAUGUUGAAGAUGUUUUUGAAACUAUUGCUGAAAGUAUGGGAAGUUUACCAGUUGAUGAUUCAUUAACUUGUACUGUUACACCACCGAAGGUUCAAUAUUUACUGUCCGAUAAUCAUUGA